AUGUCGCCUCUUUCCGAACCUCCGAUAAUCUCGACAUGGCACAACAAGCGCAAGCAUUCCGUGAACCAUCCCUCCUGUCGAGACCUCCUUCUUCAAGAACCCCGCCGCUUGGUCUCCGUCCCUUCGCUCGCAUCCGUCGUGAAAGGCUCCAUAUCGUGGGCUGGCAGUGUGUGGAAUCCGACCGGUGCUGUCACCAAACAGCAAAGAUUUGAGCACGAGUUACAAGCAGAGACGGAAGAUCGAAAGCAAGUUCUGUACCUGCGGUUGCGAAACGCCGUAUCCUACGAAGAAUGGAAGGACUGCGCAACCGAGCUGGACAAAUUGGAAAACAACAACGCGUGGAAGAAAACGGUCGAGUGCGACGAAUACAAUUCCCGACUCGUUCAGGAGCGUCUUGAGCAGCUAGAUGCGGCUCGCGGGAGUUGCGAUGUUAGUCGGAUGCUGUAUCUCAUCCGCACGUCGCUAAGUCGUGACCUGGGGGGCAUGAGCAACGCUUCCCUGUACAAACAUACCCACUUCGGAACGAAAGAUUUGAUCGACCGAUAUAUAACAGCCGCCGUUGGGACGAUAUCAUCGUUGGUGGAGGUAUCGGGCGGCAACCGGUGCGAUGCGGCCGAAUCGAGGUACAUACUGGACCAGCUGCUGGCGGCGAGACAGGCCUUUGGACGCAGCGCGCUUCUCUUCUCAGGCGGAGCCACUUUCGGCAUGAACCAUAUUGGUGUCCUAAAAUCGCUCUGGAUGAACAAACUCCUCCCUCGCAUCAUCUCGGGCGCGUCUGCUGGCAGUAUUGUCUGCGCCGUCUUUUGCACCCGUACUGAAGAUGAACUUCCCGCUCUUCUGGCCUCCUUUCCAUACGGCGACUUUUCCGUUUUUGAUGAGGAGAGCCAUGAAGAGAAUAUCUUGCAGAAAACUGCGCGCUUUCUCAAACACGGAGCAUUUCUGGAUAUCACACACCUAGCCAAGGUUAUGAGGAGCUGGCUUGGAGACAUCACUUUUCAAGAAGCGUAUAACCGAACGCGGAGGAUACUGAACAUCUGUGUCUCGAGUGCUGGCGUUUACGAGCUGCCGAAGCUGUUAAAUUAUAUCACUGCCCCUAAUGUUUUGAUCUGGUCUGCUGUUGCGGUUUCAUGUUCAGUUCCUGUCGUUUUCUCACCAUUUACCUUGAUGGCCAAGGAUCCAUUGACGGGAGAGCCUGUGCCGUGGAACGACCUUCACAAACAGUAUAUAGACGGCUCUGUCGAUGGCGACUUACCUAUGAACCGACUGUCAGAGAUGUUCAACGUCAACCACUUUAUUGUAUCUCAAGUCAACCCACAUAUUGUACCAUUUCUCCCGAAAGAUGACGAACCGAAAAGCGUGGCCGUACCGACAUCGGGCCUCUCCCGAUUCCUAUAUGGUGUCUCACAACUCGCAAAGGACGAAAUGUUGCAUCGGAUGGCGGUUUUGACGGAACUCGGCAUUUUUCCAAAUUCGUUCACCAAAACCAUUUCGAUCAUGAACCAGAAAUACUCGGGGGAUAUUAACAUUUAUCCUGAAAUUUUGUACACCCACUUUCCUCGGAUCCUAAAGAACCCGACUUCCGACUUUAUGCUCAAAGCAUGUCUCUGUGGAGAACGAGCGACAUGGCCAAAGCUGGCCCGGGUUCGGAAUCAUUGCUCUAUUGAGCUGGCUUUGGACGCGGCUAUCCAGAAAAUGCGCGCACGAGUAGCCCUGAGCCACACUCACGCGACUCUCGUGACCAAUACUCUCACGCACCAUUCAGCAGCGCCCGCCAGCAGCUCGGAUCGCGGACGCCGACGGCGGAGCUCGUGCAGUCAUGAAUAUGAGAAAAGAAAGCACGCCGAAAGCCGGUCGAGCCGGCCGAGUCUUGCGAAGAUUGGAAGAUCUAUGUCCCAUAGCUUCGAGUCGUAUCACCCCCAGGCGGAUCAGGAAGCGGAAUGGUUGUGGAUUCGUCGGCCAGGUUUCGAGCCCUUGAAUCCAGAGUCCAAUUCCAGCAACGACUACGGGACAGAAACGCCAGCAUUUGGCUCGUACCACCAUGAACAGAGUUACUUCUCCCCUGACCCGGAGUUCAGCAUGGAGUGUUCGAAAGCUGCGUCCUCGUCAUCAUCAGCAUCCUUGUCUCCUGUCCGCAUGGCCAAAACUGCGAACUACCGACCUCCUACCCCUGCUGCGGUCUCCACGUCUCCUAGGAGGCAAUCGCAUCCGAUGAGAUCGACAUCUCCGCCCCGCCUAUCGUUGAGAAUGACACCCGCUUCGCCGGGGACCUCCCGCUUAGCUAAUUAA